AUGGGUGACACUUUCCUCUCGCAGCCCGAGUUCUUCGAGGUGGAGCUCGGCGAAUCUCUGCUAUCGAGAACAGAGACGCUCGCCUCUUUCCGCGAGCUCGGCCCACCGGAUCUUGUGCAUGUGAUCAAGUCUACAGGCACCAGCGCCAGAACACGCGACAUGGGUUCCUACCACUACGUCUCGGGUGUCGAUGCUUCCUCUUCUGCCGCCCUUGCCGCCUACAUCAACAGCCUCACCUACGAGCUCGACCAGAAUCCAGGCUUCUUCUCCAGCAAAGCGGCUUACAAGCUCAAGAGCGGCGCCUAUUGCUGCUUCAACGCCUUCUCUCGCGUCGAUGUACGUGUAGAGGUGCGCAUUCCAGGCAGUGUCGAUGCUUACCUCGUUGAUCUUCGUGGCGAGCGUCACGAAACGACACCGGAAAUCUGGCAAGAGGUCUACCUGUCAGCUCUUCUGCGUGCUAUACUAUAUGCAGAUGAUGCCAACUAUCGACUCGCUGGCUAUCGCAAACUCGACCCAAUCUCGAGUCCAGAUGCAGAGCACCGUUUCCUUCAGGCAGCGGAGAACCUCUUCUUCAAAGGAUGGCAGCUUGGUUCCGAUCCCGAGAUUCAAGUGGCCACCGUCGUUUCCAACCAUCUCACUGCCGCUAUCUUGAAGUACUUUGGCGAAGCAUCUCGAUACGAGCAGGCUGUUAACCUGUUCGAGAAGCUAUGGGCGAGAGAAGCGGAAGUUGGCGCUCUGGUAGCCCAGUCGUACAUCGGCAUGAACCAAGAGAUCAAGGCAGUUCAAGUGAUGCACACUGCUAUCAAGGAGACGCCUCAGUCGUACGCGCUCUUGCAUGCUCAAGUCGACUUGUUGCGUUGCAAAGGCAAGUUCGAAUGGGCGCUCAAGGUGGCUAAGCAAGCUGUCAACUGUGCACCCUCAGAGUUUGUUACAUGGGCUAAACUCACGGAAUGCUACAUCGACUUGGAGCAGUGGCAGUCGGCCUUGUACACACUCAACUCCUGUCCUAUGUUUACCUACAACGAGAGGGAUUUGCACAGGAUGCCCACCCCAGCACGAAGCCAUUUGCCCGUCAAGGCUUUUAUCACGGAGAGUGGACUGGUGGAUGAAGAGAGUGCACGUGAUAACGAGGCGGAUGUUGCGCUCUUGCGAUUGCCAGCACCUGCAUUGCGAGGAACUUUCGCAAAAGCGUAUGCGCUGCUCGGACGAUUGGUCAGCUCGAUUGGUUGGGAUGAGCUGCUCAAGUAUCGAUCCAAGGUGUUUGUCAUGGAGGAAGAGUAUAGGGCGCAGAAGGCUGCUGCCACUGAUGUCGCUCAAGAUGAUGACGCUUCGAUUCGUGCUGUAGCUCCCCAUGACUCGCCUCCGCUGGCUUCCUCGACACCGCCGCCGCCAGUUGCUGCUUCAGCUGGCGCCAAGGAACUCGACAGUGAAGCGCAAGAUUCGGAAGAACAAAGCCAAGAUGAGAUGGACAGCAGCGAGAUUCAGGAGCCUUGCAAUGGUGCUGGUGCUGGUGCUGGUGCUGCUGCUGUUUCACAAAAGUCGCAGCUAGGCAUCAACUCGGCCGCCAAGGCCUCUUCCCAAUCCAUUCCCACCAUCAAAAUCUCGACGGAAUCUGAUCACGAACGAGAAAAGCAAGAACUGGAAGACUACAUGAAAGCAAUGCACCAACCCUGCUUGCCCACUACCGAUGAAUCGCAAAGCCAAGAUUGCACUUCAACUUCAAUCCAAGUCGAAGCACCACCUCUGGAAAAACCGGCGCUGGCAUCAUCCAGUCACGAGGGCACGGAAACCUCGACGAGGACCACGGGCCUGCUCCCCUCUGAUCUGCACAGCUGCAAUGCAAACGGCAACAAAACGCCUCCGCCUGGGGCCAUUGUGAACGGCGAACACGAUGCAUCGAUCGCAAUCGCCGAAGCUCGCCAAAACCAAAAGAACACUGGCGAAUUCUCGUCAUUCCGCGACAAACGUCUCUGCGAACGAUGGCUGGACAAUCUCUUCAUGGUUCUCUACGAAGAUCUACGUGUCUAUACAAUCUGGCGUGCUGAAAUCGCGCAUUUCCGCACGCAAAACCUCGCCUACCGCAAGACAGGAACGGAAUGGGAAAUCCUCGGAGAACUCGCUCUUCGGCUUCUGCACAAAGAUGAAGCUAGAGAUGCAUUCCAACACUGUGUCGAUCUCAAGUUUUCCGCAAAAGCCUACCUGAGGCUACUCGAGAUUUACACCGAGGCCGGGGAUGUUCGCAGGAGUCUGUGGACUGCGAUUCGAUUGACUGCUUACCAUCAUCGGUGGUAUAUGGAGGCAAGUUUUCCGGGCGCCGUCGCAAAGUGUCUUUUCAAAUUGAUCAAGUCUGAGGGGUUGGCAAAGGUUUCCUAUACCCUCGUAUCCAUCGGUGCGCCCGAGACGAUUGCGAGGUUGAUGCAGAACUACUUUGCAUAUGCUAGUGCGUUUAAGGUUCCUGGAUAUGAUUUCUAG